UUAUUAUAGUGUAUGUAUACUGUAUUAGGAUAUUGUGUAUUUCUGUUUGUGUACGCACUAUACUGUUUAGUGCUCACUGCCACACUGCAGUACACUAACACGUAAAAUCGGCAGCAGAUUUCUAAAAUUGUAGGGAGCUCGCUAAAGAUAAAUUGGUUCUAUAAGUUCGACAUGUUAUUUAACAGUUAUACAAUUGUACAGUUUUAAAAUCUUAUUUUCUAUUACAUUAAUAUUUAAAACAGUAAGUCAUUCAUCAUGUCGGGAAAAGACAAAUUGCCAAUAUUUCCAUCUCGUGGUGCUCAAACAAUGAUGAAAGGGCGUCUUAUGGGAGCACAAAAAGGUCAUAGUUUGUUAAAAAAAAAAGCUGAUGCUUUACAAAUGAGAUUUCGUUUGAUUCUUAGUAAAAUUAUUCAGACAAAAACAUUGAUGGGUGAAGUAAUGAAAGAAGCAGCAUUUUCUUUAGCCGAAGCAAAAUUUACUACUGGUGAUUUUAAUCAAGUUGUCUUGCAAAAUGUAACUAAAGCUCAAAUAAAAAUACGCACUAAAAAAGAUAAUGUUGCUGGUGUGACAUUGCCUGUUUUUGAAAGUUACCAGGAUGGUACAGACACUUAUGAAUUAGCGGGUUUAGCUAGAGGAGGUCAACAGUUGGCUAAACUUAAGAAAAAUUAUCAAACUGCAAUUAAACUCUUGGUUGAAUUAGCAUCAUUGCAAACAUCUUUUGUUACUCUGGAUGAUGUUAUUAAAAUAACAAAUAGAAGAGUCAAUGCUAUUGAACAUGUUAUCAUACCCAGAAUUGAAAAAACACUUGCGUACAUUAUUUCUGAGCUUGACGAAUUAGAGCGAGAAGAAUUUUACAGGUUAAAGAAGAUUCAAGAUAAGAAGAAAAUUGCCAAUAAAAAGAAAGAACAACUUAAGAAAGACAUGAAAGAAGCUGAUUAUGGUAACAUGUUGGAUGAAGGAG